AUGUCUGAUCAACUAAAAAAGCAAAAGAAGGUGAGGAGCGGCCACAGAGGAUUCGUGGCAACGAUCUUGCCCGAGGCGAAGGCAAUCGCGAGCGACUAUAACAUCGAACAGCAGACCAAAGCGACCCAACUGAAGACGGCGCUAACAGAACAAGUCGCGUUGUUAGAAGCCUUGGACAAGGAGAUUUUGAAAAUCCUGGGAGAAGAUGACGAAGUGGACGAAGCGGCAAUGCAGGCCGAAAUCGAGAAAUGUUACAUGCUCCGGAGUGGCAUCAAAGCGACAGCGACGCUUCUUGAGAAAGCGAUGAGCAAACCCGCGGUGGCAAGUACGAGUGGGGCGGUGGCGAGCACCAGCGAAGCCACGGUCGAGAGUUUAGAGACGUCGGAGCAUGUUGGUACGUCGCCUGAGCAAGCAACACCAGAAAGUUCAACAGUUCGAGCGAGACUGCCGAAGCUCGAAGCGAAGCGGUUCGGCGGAAAAAUCGAAGAGUGGCAGGAGUUCUGGGACGGGUUUGAAAGUGCAAUCCACAAGAACACGGGAUUGUCAAACGUGGACAAGUUCAACUAUUUACGAAGCUUGCUAAUGGGGCAAGCAAAGGCUGCGAUAGCCGGGGUUUCCUUGACGACCGCGAAUUACGAAGCCGCAGUACAACUCCUGAAGAAACGCACAAGGGACAGCGGACGAUUGAGACAUUUGAUCGACAAAAUCGAGACACAUUAUCGAGGAUUGGAAGCCCUUGGGGUGGACGAGGCCUCAUACUCGGAUAUCGUGGUGCCAGCGAUACUAGAAAAGAUCCCAGAAGUUGUGCGAUUGACAAUCACAAGAGACAAACCCCAUAGUGAAUGGAGUAUGAACGAUGUGUUGGGCGCGCUGGAAGGGGAAGUGGAGUUGCGCGAAGAAUAUAGUCGACCAGAAGAAGAGCCAAGAAAGAGGUUCAACGGCAAAAACAGCGGCCUUGGUUCGGGAAAUGCCCUACACGUGAAGAGAAAUGAUGACAGCUGCGCCUUCUGUCUGGGGAACCACAAACACCAGGACUGCAAAAAAGUGGAACUUAAGGGACGUAAGCAAAUUUUGAUUAAAUAUUCUAGAUGCUUUAACUGCAUGAGAAAGGGUCACAGGGCCCGUGAUUGUAGACAGGAGCUUGUUUGUGAAAAAUGUAAAGGUAAACACCACACAGCUUUGUGUGAGGAGAGUGAGGGAAACGAAGGAGAAGUCCCUGCUGACCAAAGGGUUCCUGGGGCCGAAAUUGGGAAUUUACAUGUGAGCUCUAGCAGCCGUGUAGCUUUUAUUCGAUUCGCCAAGCCAAAAAACGUUCGUAACAAGUAA